AUGUACUCUGUUUCGAGCUCGAAGCUACUGAUAUUUGGUGUUAAGAGUGUGAGUGAUGGAAGCAAUUGUGGAGAUGAUGAUGACUCUAUAGUUGUGAAGCUGAUCAGGUGUAGUGUGAUUGAAUGUUGUAAACCGGUUUGGUCGAUUGGAAUUUUCUCGGGUUUGUUGAUUUUAGGAGAAGAUGAUGGAGUUAGGGUUAUAAAUUUGAGGGAGAUAGUGAAAGGGAAACUGAAGAAAGGGAAGAAAGAAGUUGGGAAGAAGAAGGAUAAUCCUGUUCUUGUGAACAAAGGGUUGUUAAGUAAACAGAGACAAGAAUCUUCUGAAACAAGAAUGUGCUUUGUCUCGUUUCAGAAAACUUCUGCUACCGUUGAUGCUGAUCUGAAAUCAGAAGCAUGUCUGGUUAGGGCGGUAUCGAUCCAAGCUUUGUCCAUUAAAAGGUUCUUGAUCUUGGACUCUGCCGGAUAUAUACAUGUGUUGCAUGUCUCUGGUCGUCAUCCUCUCGGAUCAAACUUUGCUUGUCAUAUGCAGCAGUUGCCUCGCUUUAUGGAUGUCCAGAAAUUUGCCCUUCUUCCUGAAAUCUCUAUUGGAACGAAAAGCGUUUGGAUUUCAGACGGAGAUUAUUCUGUGCAUAGGGUGACGAUUUCCGAUGAUGAAACUACUAUUAGAGAGAAAGACGAUGAUAAUAUGACAAGGGACGAAACCCUUAUACAAGCUUUGGAUUUUGGUGCAGUAACGCAUACAGUUUUCUCGCCAGAAAAGAUUCAGGAUCUUGUUCCUCUUGGUGGAAACGGUGUUCUUAUUCUCGGGAUAAGAAGUUUAUACGCAUAUGCGAUCUCCUGA